GUCUUGUUGUAUAAUACUUCUCAACUUUACACUUCCUACUUAUCUCAACUAUGAAGUCUGUUUCCAUUAAAAAGCCGUUCCUUAACUUCAACUCCUUGUUGGGUGAAGCUCCUUGCUACAACCCAAGAAACAACACGGUGUGCUGGGUCGAUGCUCUCGGCUCCCAGAUCCACAGAAUCCAACUCUUGCCAAACUCUGACAAGAUCGCUGAAUACACCGACGAGCAAAUUGCGGAAGUUACCAAGACCCAUGAAACUAUCAGCUGUAAGGGUGAGACCAUUGGCUCCAUCGCGCUCACCGCGGACGACAACGUCUUGGCUCUUAACUGGACCCAAGGGUUCGGCUUUGCCAGCUUCAAGACCAAAGAGCUCAUUGUUAAGGAUCACUUCCCAUUGCUUGCUACUGACCCAAUUUUGAGAAUGAACGACGGUAUCAUCGACCCACACGGAAACUACAUUAUGGGCUCUAUGGACAAGCACGUCGCUGCAACCUCGUCUGAAACGUCCAAGUUGUGGCGUAUCAACACUGACUUGUCCGUCGACGUGUUAUUGGAGGGUAUUGGGAUGUCCAAUGGGAUUAACUUCUUUGUGGACCCAGCUACCGGUAAGCUGCACUUGUUCUACACUGAUACCCUUGUUUUCACCAUCUGGAAGUUCGACUACGACCCCGAAUCCAGAACCUUGUCUAACAAACAGCCACAUAUCAAUAUCGUUGACUUUGUGCCAAUGGAAAGUUUGCCUGGGUUGGAUGGCUUCUCCAUCACUGACACCGGUGACAUUUACACUGCCGUUUGGGGUUCACACGUCAUUCUCCACUUUGACUACGAUGGUAAGUUGGUUGGGGAAUUCAAGUUCCCCGCUGCCAGAGUCACCUCCUGUACCUUCAUGGGGCCAGCAAAAGACGAAUUGUUUGUCACAACUGCCUCACUCAAGAUCCCAGCUGAAGAUGGUGUUGACACCAGCGACGUGAAUGAUCUUGGUGGAGCGCUCUUCAGAGUCAAGUUGGAUGGUGUCAAGGGAAAUAUCAAGUGCGGCAGAUGGGGCGGUAAGGUAGAUGUCUAGUGUUUUGAUAUUGUCUGGGGUCAUUAAUCCUACCCCUUGGAUAGACCCCGGAUGUCUAAUGUAUGUACUCAUUUCAGCAGGACUGAGAUGCACCUUUUUUGAUCCCACUUAUUAACCUUCCUGUUGCAUAAUAUGCUGUAUUCCUACUUUUUCUCGCCCUUUCCGUUAUUUAUUUCUAAUUUGACCGUGUACUAACAACCGUUUUGUGUAAAUUGUAACAUUUCUUGGCUGCUCGAAGCUUUGUCGAUUGGCAUUAUCCGGCAGGCAGUGGCA